AUGGUUACUUUUGUUUUCAGGCCUGAUAAUUACGAUGAGUUGAGCACGGGUCCAGAUAAGUUUGUUGGGCGAGAUGACAGAUCAGGGAUGUGUAUGCAUAACAGGAGUCCAGGGAGAGGCUAUUUUGGCGUUUGGAAUCCCAAACGCCGCUUCUCCCCACCUAAUUACAAAGGCGGUUCCUAUGGUUUUGGGCGCCCACGACAUAAAAGCAUGGUAGAUGAGCGAAGUAUGAUGAACGGCUUUGAUCAAUCAGGGUCUGGACCAGGACCAGGACCAGAUGGUCAUGUACGGAGGCAGUUCUCGGAUGGUGGGUACCGAGGGCGGUUUAGAAGGUUCUCAGAUGGUGGGGAUCGUGAUUUCAGGAGGCCUGACGGUGAUACCAACCAAUAUCCUGGUCGGAUGCACAACCGGAUGAGGAGGGAGAGAGGUAACUCUCCGGUCUUCAGGAGAUUGCAUUACCCGCAAUCAGAGUCGAGAUCAAGAAGCCGUUCUCCAGUCUUGUGGAACGGCCGAAACAGAUCUCCUCCUCCGCCUGGUGGGUUCGGAGGGGACGAGAGGAUGAUGGAGAGAGUGAGGUUGCCUUUCCAGAAACGGUUUCCUUCGGAUCAAGAGAUGGGUUUCAUGUCACCUCCAAGAAACAGAAUGUCGUCGUCAUCGAGGUUCUUUGAAGGGAGGAACAAUGAUGCCGGAGAGAACCAUAAUAGCUUCAGGGAAAGGAAGUUCCGGCCUGGACAGAGAUUUGAUGCCGGAAAUUCUAUGAGAAGAGUGAACCCUGACAACAACAACCACUUUAGACCAUUUAUUCGCCACAGAAGAUUUGAGGGGGGUACGGAAGAGAGCAAUGGUGGGAACAGGUUUGAGAUGGUACAGCAGCGGAGUCGGCGGUCUGAGGCCAGAGAAGAUGACGGUGAUGAUAAUCGACCGUUCAGGUUAAACGGAGAAGAGUCUGUGGCGGUGGCCAAUAACAACAACAGCAAGAACAAAGAGUCGCGAUGA